CGGUUCUGAUUUCUAUAAGGCCCUAUGCACACGACCGUGUCAGUUUUGCGAUCUGAAAAUCGCGGACCGUAAAAAAUAUGGACGCGGUGCAUGUGCCGUACACAUUUUAUUUGUUUCAAUGGGUCCACGCUCGGCAUUUUGUGGACCUUUUCUAUCUUUUUGCGGAAUGGACAAUACAGAUGCGGAAAUCACACGAAUCAUCCGUCUGCUUUCUGCAUUUGUAUCUACAUUCCGCAAAAAACAUACAACAUGUCCUAUACCUGUCCGCAAAAUGCGACACCAAAUUUUGCGGAUCCGUGAUUUGCAGACCGCAAAACGGAUACGGUCGUGUGCAUGAGGCCUAAGUCAUUCUAAUACAGAAAUAUCACAAAAUAAAAGAAAAAAAAAAUCGUAUCGGUGCAAUUUUGUAGAACGUUCUUUCAGUCAGGUCACACUUAUAUUAAGCCACACCCUUUCACUUAAAGGGCAACUCCAUGCAAAUCCUGAACAUCCUUCUACUUGCCCCUAACGUUUCACUUCUCUUUAAGGGGUAUUUUCAUCUCCCACACCUCUGGGACCAUGUCAAGAAAGAGGGACCCCGACCCUCGUCCCAGCCAGAGAAUGAAUGGGGAGGUGGUGACUUGCAUAAAAGUUUUGGGCAAGCAAUAGACCAGUCGUAGGGUCAGCUCAUCAGGCAGGAUGGAGGGGGCCGGGACCCACAUUUUCAACACUGGUGGGACCCGCACGAAUAUGGGUGACUUGAUAUGGGAAUACCCCUUUAAUGGGACUGCCUAUGUUACUUGGUCAAUCUGAAUGGGUGGCAUGUAAUACUCCAUUCCUCCUGUAGGGGCCGUUGUACCGGAAAAAUAUAACCAAUCUCACCAUCCACUGGCCAUAGCAGCGACUUAUUGAGGAGGAUGAAACAACCCCUUUAAAAAGGUAAUAGGUAGAGAAAAACAAGGUUGCUUCUUUCCAAAAAAUAACCAAACACAGCGCCUCACAUGCCUGCAGGCUGUGCGUGGUAUUGCAUUUCAGCCUCACUUCAAUGUAGCCGAGCAUCAAUACCAAAAACAACCUGGGGUGGUGUUUCUAAAAUGUUUUUCUAAUACUUCAUAAAUCUUGCGCUGACCAUGACAACCCAGAAAGUGUGACAACCCCUCUGGGCACUGUAAUGACAGCCUUAUUAGUUGUCACCCAGCUGUCCCAGAUCAGAAUGAAACCAACAAGGUGAACAGACUUGUCAGAUGAGGGUCAUCUGUCCAGUCCUAGAAAAACAUGGAACGAUGCCCCAUCGGUCCAUGGGUUACAUCAGGGCCAAGCUGCAAUACCACUCACAACCUGCAGAUAUGUGUGGCGCUGUUUCUAUUGAAUGCCUGGCAGCCUCUGGGCGAUUUAUUGCUGAUCUGUCCUGCAGAAUACGCUAAUCCACGACACUUAUGGUGACCCGAGCGCCCCAAGGGCAGCCAUUAGCGACUAUUGAGUAACUGGCCCGUCCCAUCUCUCCAGCCAGAGAAUGUGCUCAACUAGUGUUUGAUGGUUUCCUCCGGAGACUCUCAUUGUUCUCGUCCCCAAUUGUUUGUGUUGCUAUGUGAUGAGGGAAGGACGGGCGACCGGAGAAUCAUUCUUGGCUCAAGGCUGAAUGAAACCCGAAGCUGAUUGUUGGUUACCAAGAGAAGGACAGGAGCUACGUCCAUACAGAGAUAGCAGCAGAGCAAGAGCCGAGGAACCAGAAGGUCUCGUGUAGAAGUAACAGAGCUGCAGGAUGGACAGAAGGUAAAAAUGGAGAAGAAACCUCACGGUCCAAGACAGGUUAGAGAUCCAACUUAGAGUCUCCUAUUCUGAACUUGGAGAUCUGGCUAUGACAUGGCCACCACCACUCCACCUCCAGAGGAUCCUGAAGGACAUCUCACCAGCUUCCUUGAAUGUCCCAUUUGCUACGUCUCCUACGACAAUGCCUUCAAGACGCCGCUUCUUCUCCUGUGUUCUCACACCUUCUGCAUGGAAUGUCUCUCCAGGCUUUGCCUGUUCCUCAAGAAGUCUCAGGAAUUCCCCUGCCCCAUGUGCCGAAGCUUGGCUCAGAUCCCACCGGAAGGGGUGCCGAAAAUGCAGCCCAACCUAGACGUCGUAGCCCAGCUUCCGCCCGAAAUGCAGACUCUCGAAGAGGUCUGGGCGGACGGAUACAAACUGUGCUGGAUGAAAAAGAAAGAUUCUUCGGAAGGUAAAGGAUCUCUGGUGACUUUGCAUCUUCUGACCAACGGUGGUGAAAACCGGCCUGGUCCUGAUCCUGAUGGGCUAAUCUCCACUGAGCAGAGCGGCUGCCGGGCUUUCUGCAACAGCUUGUGGGGCAUGGGGAUCACCAUCCUCUUAUUGGCCUCGUCCUCUUCAGCCUUCUGUUCUUAGCCAUAUAUCUCAACCAAAAGUGAUGCUGACCUAUCAUCUGGAGAUGGUGUGGAGUCCAUUAUAAUAUGAUCUCAGCCUACAUUAGUCAGGGUCCCUGAGCUGUGGCUCCCCAAAAUAUUGCAUCGGUGGGGCCCUGUAGAGCAUCUAAGUUUCUUCAGUGGAGCUCAGACCCUCACCAAUUUUGGAACAGAAGAAGACACAUUUUGAUGGUUCCUUUUUACGUAGACAGUAAUCUACUGGCUGGAUAAUAUACAUUUCAUACUGAUGGAAGGACUGGGUCCUGUCGGGGUGGUAGGGGGUCCCAGCUGCUGAGUCUCCACUGAUCAGACAUGCUCACCCUCCCUAGAAUGUCUCAUAUAGACU